GAAGAACAAGAAAACAACAAAUUGUUGAUGCGGACAGCAAGCGGCGAACAGUUCAUAUCAUACAAAGAAACAGUAGCUUCCACAAUGGAUCGGGACAAAGCUAGCCCGUCCCCCUCCACCCUCCAGGAGUCCCCAAGUCGACCGCCUCUCCGUACUUUACUGCUGGUUCUGGUCGACUGCAGGAAAACACCGGGGCAGAGUGGAACUGAGAGAGGAGAAGAGGAACAUGGAGAUAUGAUUUCAUUAAGUAAAAACCAUGGGGACAUCCCUAAUCGUUGCUCUCUUAGUGGGAGGUGCUUAUCAUCUGGGGAGCCUCAACAACAUCAUGAUGCUGACAUGAAAGAGAAGAGUCUCUCCAGACCAGAACACCUCAAGAAACACCAGCAGAGACGUAUAGGGAAGAAACCUCACCACUGCUGCUCUGACUGUGGGAAGAGUUUUGCUAAACAAGACUUGACAAUUCAUGAGCAAAUUCACACUCUAGAGCAUGCAUCUAAAACCUUAAAAUCUCAUCUGAGAAUUCAUUCAGGGGAGGGACCUUAUACCUGCUUUGAUUGUGGGAAAUACUUAAAUCAGUCAGGAGCCCAGACUAAACACAAACACACAGGAGAGAAGCCUUAUAGCUGUGAUCAAUGUGGGAAGACUUUCAAUCAGUCAGGACACCUGACUAGACACCAACGCAUACACACAGGAGAGAAGCCUUAUAGCUGUGAUCAGUGUGGGAAGAGCUUCAAUAACUCAGGAGCCCUGACUAGACACCAACGCAUACACACAGGAGAGAAACUUUAUAGCUGUGAUCAGUGUGGGAAGAGCUUCAAUAACUCAGGAGACCUGACUAGACACCAACGCAUACACACAGGAGAGAAGCCUUAUAGCUGUGAUCAGUGUGGGAAGAGCUUCAGUCGAUCAGGAACCCUGAGCAAACAUCAACGCAUACACACAGGAGAGAAGCCUUAUAGCUGUGAUCAGUGUGGGAAGAACUUCAAUCAGUCAGGAUACCUGACUAAACACCAACGCAUACACACAGGAGAGAAGCCUUAUAGCUGUGAUCAGUGUGGGAAGAGUUUCAGUUACUCGGGAUCCCUGACUACACACCAACGCAUACACACAGGAGAGAAGCCUUAUAGCUGUGAUCAGUGUGGGAAGAGUUUCAGUUACUCAGGAUCCCUGACUAUACACCAACUCAUACACACAGGAGAGAAGCCUUAUAGCUGUGAUCAGUGUGGGAAGAGUUUCAGGUACUCGGGAUCCAUGAUUACACACCAGCGCAUACACACAGGAGAGAAGCCUUAUAGCUGUGAUCAGUGUGGGAAGAGCUUCAAUCGUUCAGGAUCCCUGACUGUACACCAACGAAUACACACAGGAGAGAAGCCUUAUAGCUGUGAUCAGUGUGGGAAGAGUUUCAGUGAAUCAGGAUCCCUGACUGUACACCAACGCAUACACACAGGAGAGAAGCCUUAUAGCUGUGAUCAGUGUGGGAAGAGUUUCAGUUACUCGGGAUCCAUGAUUACACACCAGCGCAUACACACAGGAGAGAAGCCUUAUAGCUGUGAUCAGUGUGGGAAGAGCUUCAAUCGUUCAGGAUCCCUGACUGUACACCAACGAAUACACACAGGAGAGAAGCCUUAUAGCUGUGAUCAGUGUGGGAAGAGCUUCAGUCGAUCAGGAACCCUGACUACACACCAACGCAUACACACAGGAGAGAAACCUUAUUCCUGUCUAUGGAAGAAACCUCGCCACCGCUGCUUUGACUGUGGGAAGAGUUUUGCUAAACAGACAGAAUUGAUAAUUCACCAGCGGAUUCACACUGGAGAGAAGCCUUAUAGCUGUGAUCAGUGUGGGAAGAGCUUCAAUCAAUCAGGACACCUGACUACACACAAACGCAUACACACAGGAGAGAAGCCUUAUAGCUGUGAUUGGUGUGGGAAGGGCUUCAAUCAAUCAGGAGCCAUGACUACACACCAACGCAUACACACAGGAGAGAAGCCUUAUAGCUGUGAUCAGUGUGGGAAGAGCUUCAGGAUGUCAGGAGAUCUGACUGCACACCAGAACAUACACACAGGAGAGAAGCCUUAUAGCUGUGAUCAGUGUGGGAAGAGCUUCAAUCGUUCAGGACAACUGACUACACACCAGCGCAUACACACAGGAGAGAAGCCUUAUAGCUGUGUUCAGUGUGGGAAGAGCUUCAAUCGUUCAGGACACCUAACUACACACCAGCGUAUACACACAGGAGAGAAGCCUUAUAGCUGUGAUCAGUGUGGGAAGAGCUUCAAUCAUUCAGGAUCCCUAAUUACACACCAGCGCAUACACACAGGAGAGAAGCCUUAUAGCUGUGAUCAGUGUGGGAAGAGCUUCAUUCUUUCAGGAUCCCUAAUUACACACCAGCGUAUACACACAGGAGAGAGGCCUUAUGGCUGUGAUCAGUGUGGGAAGAGCUUCAAUCAUUCAGGACACCUGACUACACACCAGCGCAUACACACUGGAGAGAAGCCUUAUAGCUGUGAUCGGUGUGGGAAGAGCUUUAAUCAUUCAGGAACCCUGAGUGAACACCAACGCACACACACAGGAGAGAAGCCUUAUAGCUGUGAUCAGUGUGGGAAGAGCUUCAAUCAAUCAGGACACCUGACUAUACACCAACGCUUACACACAGGAGAGAAGCCUUAUAGCUGUGAUCAGUGUGGGAAGAGCUUCAAUCAAUCAGGCGACUUAACUGCACACCAGCGCAUACACACAGGAGAGAGGCCUUAUAGCUGUUAUCAGUGUGGGAAGAGCUUCAAUCGGUCAGGAAACCUGACUGCACACCAGCGCAUACACACAGGAGAGAAGCCUUAUAACUGUGAUCAGUGUGGGAAGAGCUUCAAUCAUUCAGGGGCCCUGAUUACACACCAGCGCAUACAUACUGGCGAGAAGCCUUAUAGCUGUGAUCAGUGUGGGAAGAGCUUUAAUCGUUCAGGAUACCUGACUACACACCAGCGAAUACACACUGGCGAGAAGCCUUAUAGCUGUGAUCAGUGUGGGAAGAGCUUCAGGAAUUUAGGACACCUGACUACACACCAGCGCAUACACACAGGAGAGAAACCUUAUAGCUGUGAUCAGUGUGGGAAGAGUUUUGCUCGAGAUUUCACCCUGACCAAACACCAUCUCACACACACUGGAGAGAAACCUUAUUGCUGUGAUCAGUGUGGGAAGAGUUUCAGGACGUCAGAACACCUGACUAAACACCACCGCACACACACAGGAGAGAAACCUUAUAGCUGUGAUCAGUGUGAGAAGAGUUUUUCUCAAGAUUCCAGCCUGACUACACACCAGCUCAUACACACAGGAAAGAAACCUUACUCCUGUCUAUGUGGAAAGAGCUUUGCUCAUUCAGGGUCACUGAAAAAACACCAGAAAGCUCAAACAUGUUUUCUUUCAUCUCCCUCCUCUCCGGCACCGGUUCCAGAUCCCUAAAUAAAGUUCAAUAGAAAACAUCUUGCGAAGAGUCAUCCAUCUCCCAUUCUCUAACAGUUUAAGUCUGAUUACCACGUUAACAUGUGUAGAUAAUAUGCAGCUCUGCAUCCAUAUGUAUAAAGCGUCUUGGAGUAGGAGUGCUGUGUAUGUGUGUUGGAGUGGGGGUGUUCAGAGCUGUAUCUUAAUUCAUUAAUUCCUAUUAUCCAUUAAAUAACUUUUAUGUAGAAUACUAUUUCAACAAUACCAGGUGUGUAUUCAUGUGUGGGGGAAAUGUUAUCUGAAGAGAGAAAUUGUACAUCUUGUCUUAUACAAUCAUUGGUUCCUGUUGGUGCUGGGUAGAGAUGUGAGGGGGGGAGACGGUCAUGAACCCUCAGACCUUUUGGCAGAACGACCAGAAUAUGUUAUAUAAGUUAAGAUAGGAGAUGGUGCCAGUCACAUGCAGGAACCAAAUGUUAAUGAUGAAUUAAUUAUGAAUAAUGUAAAUCAUGCAAAUAUAACUUGUCUGGUAAGCAGUAUAUAAGAGAACUAACGGGACUGCCCCGAAAGAGCUCCUGACCGAUGUGUAGUCUGGUGCAUUAUGUUUGUUGGAAUCUCUCCAGCGUGCUGAUAUUAAAUAAUUAUUAAUUAAAGUUUGACUGAGUCCCUGGUAGUAAUUUCCACGAUACAUGUAUUCAAUACAAAAACACAUUAAAUCUAUUGUAUUAUGUGAAGGAGAUGUGUUGCACUGCAUGAGGCAAAUGGUGGUCACACCAGAUACUAACUACCUUUU